AUGCUCCAGGCCCCUGACCUGAUGAGGGACAGACACCUGGAUCAGAUCAUCAUGUGCUGUAUCUAUGUCAUGGCCAAGGUCAUGCGGCUCGACAUCACCUUCCAGGAGAUCAUGAGGCAGUACCGCCACCAACCGCAGGCCAAGAGCCACAUCUAUCGGAGUGUGUUGUUGAACAAUGGUCCUCGUCAGCGACCUCAACCGGACUCCAGCAGUUUCUCUGCCCCUGUUCCCGAUGAGGCCAGGAGAGAGGGAGGAGGAAGUGGGGGAGGGGAGGACACAAGUCGUCCGUCCUCCACGACCCCAGGAACCCCUCUGGACCAGCUCCUGUAUCGACCGGACAUCGAGGUGGGGGCAAGAGGUGACAUCAUCAUGUUCUACAACAAGGUCUUCAUCUCCCUCAUCAAGGGCUACGCCCUGCGCUUCACUCCGGGGGAUAACGAGGCUCCGACCCUCUCCCCACUCCCCACCAUCAGGAAGGCCUCUCCGUCUCCUCGCAGACUCUCUCAGAGACACUCCAUCUUUGUCUCUCCACACACACCCAGCUCCCUGCAGUUGUCUCCUCAUGCCAAGAAGUUUGUGGUCCAGAGGAGCCCGGCAGCACAUCUCCAUGAGAUCAACGAGGCAAUGAGGGGCGUGGACAGGACCCCGGGGUCAAAGGUGAAGAGAAAGCUGACGAUGUUGGAGGCCAGUCCGUACACCAGUGGUCCCACCAAGAGAGUCCGCGUGGAGCCUGUCCGUGGACGAAGCACUCUCAUGGAGCAGCUGAAGAAAAUGGCAAAUGACAGAGCCAAGGCCGGCCAGCUUCCUCCAACCUCCAGCAGCGGCCAUGAAGAUUAGCCUCGCCCACAACCCACCGCUGAUGACUGGCCACAGUCAACACCACGCCUCAUCUUUCAUGUCUCUCACACGCAAACAGCCUCACAUCACUACACGUGCAAUUUGUUUCGCAGUUUCUGUAGUUAGCUCUUUUAUUUACUAGCAGACUUCAUAAUUAUUUAUAGGACCACUCUUUUGUUUGUGUACAUAGCCGUGUACAGGCAAUACAUAGGGUAGUGUUAAUGGCGUCUAACGCAGUGUGCAAUAAUAUUAUAGCAAUACUUGUUUGAUUAGAGUAGGACGUGGUUUUUGGGAUUCAAUUCUUUUGUACCUUUUUCUUCCGCUACCUUUCCUCGAGGUCUCUGUGUAUGUAUCUAUCAUUUCAUCACUCCUGAUAAUACUGUAUCUGUGAAAAUGUCAUUGUAUUAUACAUAAUGGGGGGAAAUUUAUGCACUGAUGCAGCAAAUUUUGUGGUUGCGUACAAAAGAAAACGAAUUGAUGACCAGUUCAAGUGAAGUUACGUCUGUGAAAAUUUCUCGUUCCAUGGUGUCAAAAAAUUGGAAGCAAAAAAUUUUGAGGUUCUGACUGGUUUGUUUGUUCUGUGAUUGAAAGGCUUGGUGUUCUAAUUGUGUAAUAGCCCAUUGUUUGUCUAGUGAAGUCUGUUAAACUUCUUGAGUCUCUCUUCCCUCUCCAGCUCGUACUGUCUCCAGUCUGUCCUCUGUAGGAACUCCUGUUUCUCCAGGUACCCAUCUUUUCGUUGUUGAGUCAGCUCGUGCUCCAGACCUUCUUCCGCUUUGAAUCUGUUCCAGUCCAACUGGGACUUCUCCUGUCGACACACAAACACAAACAAACCAACACAGUGGGCACAAACACACACACACACGCACACACGAUAGUAGUAUGUGGCCAUUAUAAUAUUGUCGGCUAACCA